UAACCUGAUCUAAUCUAAAAAACCUAAAAAACAAAAAACUAAUUUUGUAGAAAUGGACUUUGUGACUCGCAAAACUUGCUCCGACAAUUAACGGCAUUAAAAAGACUGCAUAAAAAAAAACAAGCUUCAAUUUUGUUGUGUACAUUAUGUAUAAAUGUGUGAAUAUAGAAUAACAAAAUCAUAUAUAUCAAAGAAGAUGUCGAUAAAAAUACUUGCAGAAGUUGGAUACAAAUUAACAUAUCAAAGAUUGCAGUAUUAUAUGCCCUGUCUGAAUAUAUAUAGAAGAUCAAAUGUACAUCUUUAUAAUAAUAAAGGAUUUCAUAGUACAACUGUGUAUUGUAUCACAGUAAAAGACAAAGACAAACAUUUAUCUAAGAUAAAAGAGUACACAACAAUACAAUACAAAGAUGCGGAGACAAUUUCAAAUUCAUACAACAUUAUAGAACCAAAACUACAAGAAAUUCAUGAUGCAGUCAAAUCUGUGAAGGUUGCUAAGGAAUCUGUAAGUCUCAAAAGAGUGGAACGAUUGUAUUCUGAUCCAAAAGCUUCUGUACAUAAUAUUUACGCAAUAGUAACUCAUGAGUUAAAGAAUCAAUCAGUUUUAACUUUGAAUGCUAAAAGGGUAAAACGACCUGAAUCGUGGGAAGUUAUUUUAAAUGUCACAUGGCCAGAAACUGCAAGCUUUAAAGGAGUUGGUAAAACUAAAAGAGUAGCUGCUAGAAAUGCGGCUUUAAAAUGUUUACAAUGGCUAGAACUGAAUGGUAAAUUAAAAAAUGGUAAACCAAUUAUAUAUAGUGAAAAGGCAAUAAAAGAAAUGCGAUUUAAGCCUGUCGAGUUAAAUGUUCCUACUGAAAUUUUAAAGAAAAUGGUCGAAUUGAUUGAGACUUAUGACAUGAAAAUACGAGGUAUAAUGACACGAGAAGAUAUGCUGUAUUCUUAUAAUAUGCAACAUCAGACUGCAUCCGUUCAUCCAAUUCUUGGUGAAAUUAAUGACACGAAUGUUGAUGCUCGUAAUAAAGAAUUAAGAAAUAGAUUACUAGAAAGAAGAGCCAAAAAUGAUCAUAUCAAUCUACCAAUCUUUGAAUUCAAAGAAGAAAUUCUUUCUAAACUAAAAAACAAUAGAGUUCUAUUGAUUGAAGGACACACAGGAUGCGGCAAAACUACUCAAGUUCCGCAAUUUAUCAUGGACAGUUAUACGUGGAACGGAAAUGCUACAGAUUGUAACAUAUUAGUAUCGCAACCACGUAGAAUUUCGGCAAUAUCUUUAGCAGACCGUGUCACAUAUGAAAGAAAAGAGACCGUAGGAGACGUUGUGGGAUUUCAAGUACGAUUAGAACGAGUAUUACCGAAGGAACUCGGUGGAAUACUAUUCUGCACUACCGGUAUAUUGUUGAAAAAAUUACAGCAAAAUCCUAGUUUAGAGGGUUGCUCACAUGUAAUUCUAGACGAGGCGCACGAACGUCAUAUUGAUACCGAUAUGUUGAUGAUCUUACUCAAGAGAGCUCUCAAACAAAAUCCUAAUUUGAAGGUUCUCAUUAUGUCAGCUACUAUAAAUGCACAUCUAUUUCAAAAAUACUUUAAUUGUCCUGCUGUCAAAGUACCAGGUAGAUUGUAUCCUGUAAAAAUGCAUUUUUUGGAGGAUAUUGACCGUCUACCGAAUAUCGAGAGAUACAAAACUCAUGUUUACAAGAAAUACAACAAUGACGAAGACGAGAGACUUUCGGUUGAUUAUGAGAAAAUUGUACAAACUAUAAAAUGGAUUUCUCACAACAAACCGCAUGGCGCUAUUUUGUGCUUUUUACCAGGGUGGAAUGAAAUCACAAAAGUGCAGAGUAUGCUUGAGAAUUCUCCACUUAAAACAGAAAAUCAAUUAAUUUUGCCGAUUCAUUCCAAAGUAUCGAACGACGCACAGCGCAAGAUAUUUGCUCCUACAUCAAAAGACACAAGAAAGAUUAUUCUAGCUACGGACAUUGCCGAAACUGGUGUUACCGUUAGUGAUGUUGUUUAUGUAGUGGAUUCUGCCAUACGGAAAGAAUCACGCUGGGACAAUAAUAAAGAUUUACUAUGUAUAAGCAAUCGUUGGGUCUCUAAGGCAAAUAUUCAGCAGAGAAAAGGAAGAGCUGGACGAGUUCAACCUGGUGAAAGUUAUCAUUUAAUUACCAAGGCAGAAUAUGACACUUUAGAACCACAUCCAUUGCCGCAGCUGUUGUGCAAUCCCCUGGAAAAGGUGAUUCUUGACAGUAAAACUUACACGAACGAAAAAGCAGAAGAAUUUUUGCUCAGUUUUUUGGAACCGCCUAAUAGAACUUCAAUACAAAAAGCAGUGAACUAUUUAAUAGAUCUUAAAGUUUUGGAUAAAAAUGAAAAUCUUACAGCUUUAGGUAAACGAAUAGCGUUAUUCCCAACGCACCCGAAGUUUAGUAAAGCAUUAGUAUAUUCUUCCAUUUUCAACUGCGUACAUCCUGUCAUAACGAUUGCAAGUAUAUUUUCUGGCGAAGACAAUCUUUUUUAUGGUGUACUAGAUCAUAAAUUUGAAAUCAGAGAAAAUAAAAAACUGUAUCAUCCAUCCAGCGAUCACAUUGCAAUGGCUUGGAUAUUCAAACAAUGGUCCUCGUACAACUACAAGAAUCCACAUUUGAUACCAAAGUUUUGUAAAGAGAUGAAGCUCCGACAGAACAGAAUGGAAAUAUUGAGUCAGAUACGAGAUACAUUUGUUCAACAGUUAAUCCAAUGUCAUUUAUUGAACAAAACUGUAGAUCACAAUAUAAAUAACAAUGAUGUAGCAAAUAAAUUUGAGAGGAACGACGAAAUGAUAAGAGCCUUGUUGUAUUCUGCUACACAACAGUUGAUAGAGCACAGAAAUAUAGGAUUUAAAAAUGGAGUCAUGCGAAAGAGCGUCAAUGAACUCCGAACAAGAAAUCAUGCUAAGGCCGUACUUUCGGGAGAAAGUGUUAAUUAUAAGCGUAAAGUUUGGCCGAGUCCGUAUAUGACAUAUUUUAACGGAUCACAUUGUGAAAUGAGGCGCAGCACAGUGAUUCGUGAAUCAAGCAUAAUAUCACCCUUAACAGUAUUACUUUUUAAUCAAGGAGACACUCAGUGUCACGAGCAAGAAGAUGGAACAAUAGAAAUUUUAGUUAAUACUGGGAAAGAACGAAAAAAUAUUUUAAGAUUUUCUUGUGACAAAACAACUUCUAAUGUGCUCUUGGAGUUUAAAGAUAUUAUGUGGGAUCUGGUACAAUAUACAUUGGAAAAACAAGGAGUUUUCGAAUAUAAUUAUAAUCCAGAUGUGAAACAAGUUUUUGAGUACAAGGAUCAAUUACUCGAAGUUCUUUCGGAAGUUCUGUAUGUUUCGUCUCAAUCUAUCGAAAAAGUUGAAGAAAACAAACAUCUAACUUGAAGUUAAAUGUACUAUUAUAGUAUCAUGUAUAAUAAUAAUGUA